CUUUCGCAGCCAGGCCACCCCAACGUGGUCCGGCUCCUCGGCGCGGUGGAGGAGCGGCUCACGCGCUGCGUCAUCCUCGAGUACUGCGACGGCGGCGACCUGCAGCAGGCGCUGCAGCGGCCGACGCCGCGCCGCUUCUUCUUCCGCGUCGCCUCGGGCGUCGCCACCGGCCUCACCUUCCUGCACGCCAACGGAGUGAUGCACCGCGACCUCAAGUCGCCAAACGUGCUGCUGCACGGCGAGCACGGCGUCAAGAUCGCCGACUUCGGCCUCGCCGCCGACGUGCAGCCGACAGGCUUGACCCGCACUCACUGCUUGGGGCGCGAGGUGCUCACGCCAGAGACAGGCGCGCGCGGCAGCUACCGCUGGAUGGCGCCCGAGAUCGUGAUGCACGAGGCCUACUCCAAGAGCGCGGACGUCUUUUCGUACGCCAUGAUCCUCUUCGAGCUCAUCACACACACCGUCCCCUUCUCCGACCGCUCGGCGCUGCAGGCCGCCGUCUCUAUCGGCCUGCAGGGAAAGCGGCCCCGCCUCCCCGCUGGCACGCCCACGCUGCUUCGCGACCUCGUCGAGAGCUGCUGGGCCGAGGACAUCGCCAGCCGCCCGCGUGCGCUGCACCUC